AAAGUGACUAUGAGCUGCAGCUGAGCACACAAUGCUCUGAUCAUCUGCAAGGACAGCUGUGUCACCAAAAGUUCUGUUGGGUUCUGAUCAGAAUCUCUCAGAAGACACCUUCAGAUUCCAAGACUGAGCUGGGUAGUAUCAGGAAGAUGUUCCGGUCCUUUCCCACCACCUCAUAGAACACACAGUGCAGACAUUUAAUGAAUGAAAUGCAAUGAAAACCAGACAACACAUUUUGAGCAUUAAGAACACCAAGACCAGGCAGCAGAGGACCACGGACAUCAGCCCACACCAUCAUGGACGAAACCGACUUUUCAGAAGAUAUGACUUAUAAACAACAGGAGGACCUGCCUUAUGAUGGGGACUUCUCCCAGAUGAAGAUGUGCACUUCUUACAACUUUACCAUAACAAAUGACACCUCUCCUGUCUCAGCAGAAGUUGUUCUGGCAGGAGAAGACCCUCAGGAAGUGGCUUCUAACUGUGAGGUGCGCCAGGACACAGCUCUGCUGGCAACUUGGGAUAAGAUGACUGAACUUGUCGGCAAUAGGCAUGAUAAAGAUAAGCAAUGCGCCCUGGCUUCUCCUGUUCCAGCUGAUAAAGAAGAUACCUCAAAGUCCCACGUCUCAGAUAUUUUACUCCAUCAUCUCUCCGGAGAGCAAUUCUUCAGGGGUCCAGGUGCUGGCUAUGAAACUCUCCCAGAGACCUCGAAUGCUGACAGUCUUGAAGGCUCAGAUACUCUUAUAAAUAUCAUUUCAUGUUAUGCAAAAAAGUAUUACCCCAAAGAACAAAUCCCAGAAUUCACUGGCCAGCCCAGUCCCCAAAAUGGUUCAAUAAAUAGCAGCAAGCCCUGUUGCUCCCCUGGCACAGAAGAAGAAAACGCCUCUCCCUUAGAAGAAGCAGUGGCUGCUGGGAAGAGCACCCAUCAGGAAGAUCCAAGCUUUCUAACCAGGACUAAAGGUCCAGGUGAUAAAUAUAAAAGCUGCCUGAGGCAGACACCCCAGAGACAGCUGCCAGACAAAGCAAAUUCAGGCGACUGGCUCAGAUACAGCCAGGCUCAAGUGCACUACCAGUUUCCAGAUUUUCCUAAGGUUUCUCCCAAAGGGAAACUCUCUAGCAAACCACUUACCACAGCUAACGAAGGCGGCCAUUCUCCGAGGUUGACGAAUAAAUCAACAGUUGUGCAAGAUAAUUUAGGAACCACGUCUGGGUCAAAUCGUGUUGAAAAACAACCGGAGCAGAAAUGGAAAUUUCCUGAACCUUCGCAACAAAUACAGGUGCAGCCUGCCACACACACCUGCCAAGAACCUCUCACAGGACUUGAACCUGAGAAAUGUUGCUUGAAUUUGACACCAACACCUCAAAAAGAUCCUUUCUCAAAUUCUUACAUAUUUCAAAAGAUCUCCCAUGGAAAACAGAUGUGCCAGAAACUGAAAGAACAGACUGACCAACUGAAGAAUAAGGUACAAGAAUUUUCCAAAAGAAUAAAACAGGACUCUUUCUGCCAUUUGCAAGACAUAAGACUGGAAGCUAUUUCUUACCUCACCAGUUACUGUAUAAUAAACCCCAGACCAUGGACUGUUCCAGAGAAGAACAUAAAAUCCUCGUAAGUGGUGAAUCUGUCCACAUCGGAUGGGCCCUGGUAGAUUUCAACUGUAAAAGUCCCUGGUAUCUGACAACUCGGGACACGAGACUCCAGAGAUGCUUAACGAGGAAGCUCAGUGCAUGGCUUCGUGGCUCAGUACAUUCACCUUUGCCACACGUUCACACCCUGGCUUGUUAUCACAGUCGAUUGAAUGACUAAUUCAUGUUGUCACCAGAACAGCUUUGCUGUCAUAAGAAAUGGAGAUGGAGCAAGGGGGAAAAGGUUGAAACUGAGCAGAACAAAUGAGCUGAAGAUGGAGAAGAUGGAGUUUAGGCCACGGGGUCAGCACUGGCCACAGCCAGAAGACCUGAUGAAGGCUUGAGCAAGAUUCAGGGCAAACUGUGCUGCAGAAACCCCACACUAUGGGCCAAACCCAGGACAGAACCCAGUGAUUAGUUAUUCACUCAUCAUAUUAAUUAACCAAUCCAUCCUUCAUUUGCUCACCACAUUGAUUAGCUAGCUGCUCUAUUCAUUCAGAAAACACUUAGCAAGCACUUUUGAAUGCCUGUCCAGGGCACCAGAGAUUCCAAGAAACACCUCCUUCCCAAGUGUCUUUUAUUCUACUAGGAACAGAUUGGCAAGCAGAUGCACAGCCUAGCAGGAGUUCAUCCUUUGCCACUGAGGGGAGACUUUGGGUGGUCCUGAGAAUGCCUGCUCACUUGGGUACUACAGCUUGAGAAACAGUGAGCUCGGCAGGAUAGGGAACAAGAAUCUUCCAGAAAAAGGACCAGCGUGGGCAACAGCACAAAGGCUAUGUACGACAAGUGUGAGAACCCAGCAGGCACAUGGAGACCAGAGCACCAGGCACAGGGCUCAGAGUGCACAUGGAGACCAGAGCACCAGGCAAGGACCAUGUCAUGGAAGGAGCUUGGAUUUCAUCCUGAGUGUGAUGGUGGAGCAACAGGAAUUGAAGCCAAGGGAUAGCAAGCGCCAUGGGGGUGAGACUGUAGGCUAGGAAUAAUAGGAAGCCAACACUGGGCAAGUUAUGAGGGUCUGAAGGAUGGAGAGGGGGGUUGCCACAUCCACUCCAGUAGUGACCCGCAUCCGUGGCAGCGGGUGAUAGAUUUAAAGGAAUGAAGUCAAGAAAAGGAGGAGGUGUGGAUAGUUACAGAGUCCUGGUUUGGAUAACUGAAAUCAGAAACCAAAGUGAAGGAUCCAAUUCAGAAAGGGUAGGGAAAGCAGGAAGAGGCUGGGCCUCAAGGCUGGCCUAGGACAUUGAGUUUGAGGUCCCCUUGAGGACAGGCAAAUGAGAAGAUCUAGCGGUAGGAAGUCAUAGUGAUAUCCUGAUCUUGGGCAGUGUUUGGGUCCGAAAUGACAUUUUGGCAGAGUUGUAGGCUGAAGUUCUGGUGUGGGUGAGAUACCCCCAGCCAAACGGUCUCAGGGUAAUAAGUGGAAAGGGUCAAAGACUGUCCCCAACUCCUCUCUCCUGCUGCUAUCUUCUAUUGAUGAGAAAGAACUGAAGCCAGAGUAGAAGGCUCCUGAUCAUGCAGUGGAGUCAGGGCCAGCCUCCUGCAGAGAAAAACAGAGGGUGGCUAUAGAGAGAAAAUGGAAAACAUUCACCAGGGCAGCCAAAGACAAGGGCUGACUUUGAACUCACAGAGAUCCCUCUGCCUCGGCCUCCAAAGUGCUGGGAUAAAAGGUGUAUGGCACAAUGACUAGUCAUUUCUAUAUGAACAGGAAUUUGCAGUAACAGCAGCUACAAUGUAUUGAGUGUGCACAGAUAGUAUUGACUUAAGGUAGUUUCACCUACCAGGUUUUCAACUCUACAUGAUGUAAAUGUGAUAGCCAUUCAGUAGAUGGCUUAGAUUCCUGUUGACGGACCCAUAGAUCCUGACAACUACAAAUGCUUCAAGUUAAACAAUGGCCUCCGUUGUCGCGGCAGAUACUUGAAUUAACCCUCACAGUGAACUUUCCAUUUUAACGGGUUCAUUCUCUCCUCUCUUCACUCCAAAUCAUUUUAAAAUCCAUCCCAGACCUCCAGACCAGGCUUAUUUUCAUUAAUUUCCCGGUAUGGAGUAAAAGAAUCCAUUGAGUAGGCUUAAUAUGUGUCAAGUCCAGCUUUUUCCACUCACAGCAUUUUAACAGGAAAUUUUGGUGCCAAAAUAUUUUAAUGACUCAUGUUUGGAAACAGCAUCCUGAGGUAUUUUUCCCUGAGGCCUCAUUUCAGUUUUUAGAAAAAUAAAUGAAAGCUGUCUACCUGAGGUCAAUAUUGCGCAAUUAGCCAACAGCAAUUAGUUUAAUGUUGGUUUUCCCUCCGGAGGCCUUUUUUCUCUAUAUAUAAGAGAGUAAGUGUAUUUGUUUUCCAAGGAAUCAUUCAUUUUGGCAGCCAAUUUCAAGACAGGCCUCCGUCCACAUUGAGACCAAAGUUAUACAAUGUUUAUUUAUAUCCUAGCUACAACCACACUGUGUCUGGUAUGAAUAUAAAUCAAAAGCGUUUAAACUGCAAUUAUAUCCCAUAUACGGGAGAAGCUCUCUCUCUGGGCUAAGGGAGGGACUGAGUCUUUCCCCACCCUUAUUUGAAGCCACAUCAGGACAAACAAGGGCUGAGAGCUCAAGACGAGCUCCCAGUCUCACGUGAGCUAACAGGGCAAGGAGUGUCAUCCUGUGACACUUCAGGGUCUUGCAGAGCACAGAAUCUUCAUGAGGAUCCACCCAAUGGCUAACUUGCAGGGACAGAAAUUGGCAAAUUUGUUUUGUAAUCACUUGCUUCUUCAGCAGAUGCGCCUUCAUUGAAACCGUAUUACCUUUGAAGCCAGAUGCGGUAUUGCACACCUGCAACCUCAGCACUCAAGAGAGGGAGACAAGGGGAUCUGGAGUUCAAAGCCAGCUUUAGCUACAUAGUGAGUUCAAGGUCAGGCUGGGCUACAUAAGAUCCUAUCUCAAAAUCAAAAUCAGAUACAGUUGCACACACCUAUCAUCCUGCAUUUGGGGAGACGGAGACAAAAGGUCAUCCUCUGCUAUUCUGUGAAUUCCAGGCCAGCCUGGGCUACAUGAGGCUCCAUUUCAGGUAAGGAAAUGAAAACCAGCAUGUAUCUCAGCAACAGUGUGCCUAGUAACCUAGCAUUCACAAAGCUCUAGCAACACACAUAACACACAUACAUACACACAAAUUAAUAUGCAAAAAGUAAUUUUUGGAUCUGAUGUGUCUUGCUCAUCAGAAUAAAUAUGAUGUGUUUGCAUUUUUUACAUAUUAACAGAAGAAUCUGGAGUCAAGACAUGCGUCUACCUGCAUAAAUCCCUUUCCCUGGUAUUUACAGAAUACAAUCUUGUCUUCCGUUGCGUAGAAACAUAAACUUCCCCCUGAAUGUAUUUCCUAUAUCUCCAUGUCCUUUUCCCCUUCAGUUACGAUCUAUUGUCCAGGCACAUCCUUGAGCCCCCGACUUUACAUUACCUGGGGGCUGCUCUCUGCUCAAUAUUGUUCCUGCUGGGGCUUGCAUCCAGGGCCGUCUGUAGGCUAAGCGUGGUGGCUGGAAGGAGACUGUCUUCCACAGGUUCAUGUAUUGGAGCACUUGGUCCCCAGAUCGUGCCUCCGUUUCUCUGUUUGGGGAGAUUUAGGAGGUGUGGCCUUGCUGGAGGAAGGGUGUCACGGGGGGGGGGGGCAGGCUUUGAGAAUUUUAAGACUUGUGUUAUCCCAGGUUCCCUUUUUGUUGUUGUUGAUGCUCUGGCUGCAACGUUUGCUGCUUGCAGCCAUGACAGACUCUAUCCCCAAGAAACUGUAAGCCCAAGAAAACCAUUCCUUCUGUAAGUUUCCUUGGUCAGGGUAUGUUAUCCCAGCCCCAGAAAAGUGACUAAUUACGUAGGCAAGCACUCUACCCCUGAACUGUCUCUAGCUCUCAAGUUCAACUGUCUUUGAAGUUAUGGUCUCUUUUCUCUGUUUUCCUUUUUUUUUUCUUGAGACAGGGUUUCUCUGUGUAGCCCUGGCUGUCCUGGAACUUACCCUGUAGACCAGGCUGCCCUCGAACUCAGAAAUCUAAUCCUAAAUGCUAGGAUUAAAGGCAUGUGCUAUCACUGCCCAGCUCCAUUUUUAAAAAAUUAUUUAUGUGCGCGCGCGUGUGUGUGUGUGUGUGUGUGUGUGUGGCCCUGUGACUAUGUGUGAAUGUGCAUACAUGAGUGUCAUGGCAUGCACGUGGAGGGCAGAGGACAACUUUUGGGUGUUGGCUAGCUCCUCCUCCUUGGGUGAGGCUGUGUCUGUGCCAGGCUACUUGGUCUGAAGGUUGUGGAUGAUGCUCCCAUCUUGAUGCAGGUGUUUUGGGAUUACAGCUGUGCACCCCACAUGCAUCUAGCUUUUCACGUGGUGACUCAAGUCGUUAGGCUUGCAUGGCAAGUACUUUUACCUGUUGGUACUUUUACCAUCUUGUCAGCUCUGACUCCCAUUGUCUAUUUCCUAUUUAAUCCAAAGUUAUUUAGAUGAGUGUUGGAUAACAUAUAAACUUAUAUAAAUAUGUACAGAUGUUAAUAAAAAGACUCAUUAACUA